CCGCGAGCGCUGGGAGGGAGGAGAGCGCGGCACCAGACACAGCACGGGGUUCAACACCAGGAUUGGUCGCAAGUAGGAAGCUUUCGCCACUACAGCGGGACCCUCGGGCUGUGCCGACGCCGUUUGCUAGGAGGCUGUAGCGGGCGCCGCGCUCAGGUGCUGAGGGAUCUUUGAUAUACAAUACCUCCACAGUAUGUGGUCCAAAGAACUGCCCUAAAAGAUUAAAGGUUGAACAAAACUUAAAAGAAGCAGCAGUUCUAUUCACUUGUUCUUGGACUUGAAACUCCUUUGACCUCGGAAACUGAAGAUGAGGUUGCCAUGGGAACUGCUGGUACUGCAGUCAUUCAUGUUGUGCCUUGCAGAUGACUACACACUGCAUGGCCCUGUUUUUAUUCAAGAACCAAGUCAUGUGAUGUUCCCUUUGAAUUCUGAGGAGAAAAAGGUGAAGCUCAACUGUGAAGUUAAAGGGAAUCCAAAACCGCAUAUCAGGUGGAAAUUAAAUGGAACAGAUGUUGACAUUGGUGUGGAUUUCCGCUACCGUGUUGUUGAAGGCAGCUUGUUGAUCAAUAACCCCAAUAAAACCCAAGAUGCUGGAACGUACCAGUGCAUAGCAACAAACUCAUUUGGAACAAUUGUUAGCAGAGAAGCAAAGCUUCAGUUUGCCUAUCUUGAAAACUUUAAAACAAGAACAAGAAGCACUGUGUCUGUCCGUCAAGGUCAGGGGAUGGUACUACUGUGUGGCCCACCAGCUCAUUCAGGAGAGCUGAGCUAUGCCUGGAUCUUCAAUGAAUACCCUUCCUAUCAGGAUAACCGCCGCUUCGUUUCUCAAGAGACUGGGAAUCUAUAUAUUGCCAAAGUAGAAAAGUCUGAUGUUGGGAAUUAUACCUGCGUGGUUACAAAUACAGUGACAAAUCACAAGGUCCUGGGGCCACCCACACCACUAAUACUGAGAAAUGAUGGGGUGAUGGGUGAAUAUGAGCCAAAAAUAGAAGUACAUUUCCCAGAAACAGUGCCGACUGCCAAAGGAACAACAGUGAAGCUGGAAUGCUUUGCCUUAGGAAAUCCGGUACCAACUAUUAUCUGGAGAAGAGCUGAUGGAAAGCCUAUAGCAAGGAAAGCCAGAAGACACAAGUCAAAUGGAAUUCUUGAAAUCCCCAAUUUUCAGCAGGAAGAUGCUGGUUUAUAUGAAUGUGUGGCUGAAAAUUCAAGAGGGAAAAAUGUAGCAAGAGGACAGUUGACUUUUUAUGCUCAACCUAAUUGGAUUCAAAAAAUAAAUGAUAUACAUGUGGCCAUAGAAGAAAAUGUCUUUUGGGAAUGUAAAGCAAAUGGAAGGCCCAAACCUACAUACAGGUGGCUAAAAAAUGGUGAACCUCUAUUAACUCGGGAUAGAAUUCAAAUUGAGCAAGGAACUCUCAACAUAACAAUAGUGAACCUCUCAGAUGCUGGCAUGUAUCAGUGUGUGGCAGAGAAUAAACACGGAGUUAUCUUUUCCAGCGCAGAGCUUAGUGUUAUAGCUGUGGGUCCGGAUUUUUCAAGAACCCUCUUAAAAAGAGUAACUCUUGUCAAAGUGGGAGGUGAAGUUGUCAUUGAGUGUAAGCCAAAAGCUUCUCCUAAACCUGUCUACAUCUGGAAGAAAGGAAGGGACAUAUUAAGAGAAAAUGAAAGAAUUACCAUUUCUGAAGAUGGAAGCCUCAAAAUUGUCAGUGUGAUGAAGUCAGAUGCUGGAAGUUAUACCUGUAUAGCCACUAACCAUUUUGGAACUGCUAGCAGUACUGGAAACUUGAUAGUAAAAGAUCCAACAAGGGUGAUGGUACCCCCUUCCAGCAUGGAUGUCACUGUUGGAGAAAGUAUUGUUCUGCCUUGCCAGGUAACACAUGAUCACUCGCUAGACAUCGUGUUUACUUGGUCAUUUAAUGGACACCUGAUAGAUUUUGACAAAGAUGGGGACCACUUUGAAAGAGUUGGAGGGCAGGAUUCAGCUGGUGAUUUGAUGAUCCGAAACAUCCAGCUGAAGCAUGCUGGGAAAUACGUCUGCAUGGUCCAAACAAGUGUAGACAAGCUCUCUGCUGCUGCAGACCUGAUUGUAAGAGGUCCCCCGGGACCCCCAGAGGCUGUGACCAUAGAUGAAAUUACAGAUACCACCGCUCAGCUCUCCUGGAGAUCUGGACCUGACAACCACAGCCCCAUCACCAUGUAUGUCAUUCAAGCCAGGACUCCGUUCUCCGUGGGCUGGCAAGCAGUCAAUACAGUCCCAGAACUUAUUGAUGGGAAGACAUUCACAGCGACUGUCGUGGGUUUGAACCCUUGGGUCGAGUAUGAAUUCCGCACCGUUGCCGCCAAUGUGAUUGGGAUCGGGGAGCCCAGCCGGCCCUCGGAGAAGCGCAGGACAGAAGAGGCUCUCCCCGAAGUCACCCCAGCUAACGUCAGUGGUGGUGGAGGCAGCAAAUCUGAACUGGUUAUAACCUGGGAGACUGUCCCCGAGGAAUUGCAGAAUGGCAGAGGCUUUGGCUACGUGGUGGCCUUCCGGCCCUAUGGCAAAAUGAUCUGGAUGUUGACAGUGCUGGCAUCAGCCGAUGCCUCCAGAUACGUGUUCAAGAACGAGAGCGUGCGCCCCUUCUCUCCCUUUGAGGUUAAAGUGGGCGUCUUCAACAAUAAGGGAGAAGGCCCUUUCAGUCCCACCACAGUAGUAUAUUCUGCAGAAGAAGAACCCACCAAACCACCAGCCAGCAUCUUUGCCAGAAGUCUGUCUGCCACAGACAUUGAAGUUUUCUGGGCCUCCCCCAUGGAGAAGAAUAGAGGACGGAUACAAGGCUAUGAGGUUAAAUACUGGAGACAUGAUGACAAGGAAGAAAAUGCUAGAAAAAUACGAACAACUGGAAAUCAGACAUCAACAAAAAUCACCAAUUUGAAAGGCAGUGCGCUGUAUCAUUUAGCUGUCAAGGCAUAUAAUACUGCGGGGACAGGCCCGUCCAGUGCAACGGUCAAUGUGACAACCAGAAAGCCACCACCAAGUCAACCCCCCGGAAACAUCAUAUGGAAUUCAUCGGACUCCAAAAUUAUCCUGAAUUGGGAUCAAGUGAAGGCCCUAGAUAAUGAGUCGGAAGUAAAAGGAUACAAAGUCUUGUACAGAUGGAACAGACAAAGCAGCACAUCUGUCAUUGAGACAAAUAAAACAUCAGUGGAGCUUUCUUUGCCUUUUGAUGAAGAUUAUAUAAUAGAAAUUAAGCCAUUCAGUGAUGGAGGAGACGGCAGCAGCAGUGAACAAAUUCGAAUUCCAAAGAUAUCAAAUGCCUAUGCAAGAGGAGCUGGACCUUCCACUUCAAAUGCAUGUACGCUGUCAGCCAUCAGCACAAUCAUGAUUUCCCUCACAGCUAGGUCCAGUUUAUGACAAAAGUUAUCUAAAGGACUUGCUGUUUAUAAUAUAAGCAACAUUUAACUAGUUGUUUUGAAGACACCCAGUACUAAGUAAUAUUGUUGUUCAAGUACAUCUUAUUACUGGAAAAAAAAUGUUUUUUGCUUCUUUAGGAAUGGCAUUAUACAGUACUUCCUCAAAGCAAAUCUAGCUUUGUCUGAAGUUUCCUUGGAAACUCUGCAAUGCACUGAAGACAUCUGUAAUAUGAUGUUACCAAAGCAGUUUACAUAUGUCCUUAUAUGCAUAUUUUUUAUUAUAUAUUUAGUGUUUUAUAGAAUUUUUUAAAGUUAACAUGAAAUGUAGAUAUUAAUUUUUUUCCUCUGCUGUAAAAUGCUAUGGGCAACACAAUCAUACAAUUAUUAUUUCAGAAUAUUUCCUUUAGAGAAAGAGUUUGAAACUCAUCUUGGUAAAUAAAUUACACAUUACUUGUACAGUUUUACAAGGAUUCAGUGACAGAAGAGCUGAAGAUUUGGUCUGUAACUCAAGGCUACUGUAUGUAAAUGACUCUUUGGAUGGUUAAUGCACUGAAUCAAGUCCUUUUGACAUGUACAAUAUAUUUUCCCACCCUGUUGUGAAUUUUGUUGUUCAAUACAACUCAAGAUGGUUUCAGGAAUGGCUGCAAAUUCAAAACCUAAACUAACUGCCCAAGAGGUACCUUGUGCAAUAUUCCCAUCCCUGAAUUUAGCAUUGUACAGUAAGACUUUCUUUUCACUCAACUAAGUUAGCAUUGUCUUUGUAGUAGCAUUUUCUUAGACAUUAAAUUUGAAGUUACAUAUCCAGUAGUAACAUAGGCCAAAAGUGACUAUAGUCAACCAAGUCUUUCAAAGGAUAAAAGAUAAUUUUACUAUCUUUAAAUGUAUCUGUCUUGAAUGUACGUUUUUUAAAAAGGUAAUUCUCUGUUGAUGGAGUCAUUAUUUCUUUAUAUAUGUGUAUGUCUUUAAUAAUAGAACCCUUCUUUUGAAUUAAAAUCAUGUAUGGAAUUUGGGAAAUUUCUCCUAUUUCAGCAAAUAGUUGCUGCAAAGAAUUUUUUCAUGACACGAUAAAAGAUCUUUAGUAUAACUGUAUGUUAUCUUGAUGAUUAUCCUGUUUUGCAGUAGGUAGCUUAGUUGCUUUAUAAGCUUUACCUUCUAAAUCUUAAAAUCACACAUUGGAAAAUGACAAUAUCAAAAAAAUAUUCUUUUGAAAAGAACUAUUUGUUAUAAUGGGGGAGGUUUUGUAAGCUGACACUUGUGGAACAGUGCAUAUAAAAGGCAAUGAAAUUUUCUAUAAAGAUUUUCACAUGUAAACACUCUGCCACCUUUUCUUCUUUCUCAGACAGAUCAAAUUUGCCUGUAAUUCAUUAUUUUUGCUUACAAAUAACAUAAGUUAACUUUUCAACCUUCUAGCCAUAUUUAUCCAAUAAAGUCAUAAUCAGGAUUCCACUUGUGUAAAAACUAGGGCGGUGACCAGAAAAAAUAUUGUCAGUAUUUCAAGCUGUGUUCCUCUCUUAGUUUGAUAUGGUUACUUCUUUGUUAAAAUAAAACAGAACUUAAAAUCACACACGCAAAAAAAUCAACAAAACAAUAAAAUGAAUGAAAAAAAAUGACACCCCAGGUAGUUCCCAACCCCAGUGUAAAUGAUAUUUACCAGUGAUCUAGCAUAUGUAAUCUUUUUUUAAAGGUAUUGUUAAUAAAUAUUCUGUCAUUUGUAAAGAUACUUGUCUUUUGGGAGCAUUUUUCCUGCCUGCCUGUCAGGGAAUUUGUUAGCUCACCCUUGUGCUCGUUAUAAUUUGAGACGAUAGAGGGACUCAAAAGUCUCUGGCCAUGAUCAAAACCUAGAUGACCCAGAGCCAUUCCUUUGCAGUUGACAACCCUGGAAACACCAUUUCAAAUCCUCUUUGGAAGCACAGAGGGUCGAAAUCCACAAAUAAAUAUCCUGAAGAUCAAACUUUAAUAUUUCCUCUUGAUUAGCUAAGUCUUUUGUAUGUUUAACCUAGGGAUAUCUGUUGUUUUAGGGUUUCCUCCACCCCGUUGCUAAAAGGAUAAAAUCUAAACUUGAUCGUUUAAGGCCCUUCUUAAUCUAAUAACGUAACUUUGUACCCAGCUACACUGAGCCCUCACUGGCCCCUAAACAUUGCUUGCUUUUGGUCUCACCUCUGUGCCUUUUGAUCAUAAAGCUGACCCUUCCUGACAUGCCCUCCCCACUCUUCUUUCUCACCCAAUUCCCGACCCAGCUCCAGCUCCAGCUCUCUGUGAAGUCUUCCCACACUUCAGCCCUUUAGGAUGUCCUUCCUCUGAAUUAGCUGCAAGCCCUGUCAAUACCACUCAUUUAGUAAUUAAUCAGGUACUACUUUUGGAAAUCUCUUGUACUGUUAUCUUGCAUUUUAACUUAACUCCUGUAUUGUUACUUAAUUUUCCUUGUACUUAUGCCUUGUCUUCCCAACUAGAUUGUAAGCUCCUUGAGGGCAGGGACUUUGGUCUUAUCUU